GAGAAGUGGUAUUCUCAACUUCUAAGGGAUUCCCACCGAGUGAUAACGGCCGAACCGAACGCGUUGUGUAGUCGAGAGAUAGGAGAAGCAAACCGAUCACAAUCGAGAGUCGUCGCAUCGGCCGGGCGGCGUCGUCGGCCGUGUAGUCAAACUUGAACAGUCAGUUCAUUCGCGCCCAAACGUGAGAGGCAGUUGCUGCGCUGCAUUCUUUAGAGGAGGCGAGCUUUGGUCGGGAUUUCGGCACUAAUAUAUUCUAAUGGCGGAGAGUUUCAGCCGAUAAUUUAUAGUAUUUAGUGAGGAAGAGGAAAUCCCCGUGUUGAAUGGAGCUUGUAUUCUCCUUCUGAUUACGGGUGUCGGAAGAUUUCAUUCAAUAAUCUGGUGAGCGUGGGUGUUCACGUCUUCCGUUUGCAGUUUUGAAAUAAUCCGUAGUUUCCGAAAUGAGCAUAUCUGUGAUGCAAAUUAGGACCUCGACUGCCAUCAAGAUGAGUGUGACGGUGUUCGCAUUUAUAGUGGUUCAAAUAGCCACAGCAACGGCCUUGUGUUCAUGCACAUUUAACGAGUUUUGCAUCGAUUUCAAACAGUGUCCAGAGUACCGGCCGUAUGUCAACGAGUCGUUCAAAAACUGGCCGGAAAGCUUUCAGGCAAUGGCGAAGAGUAAGGUCUGCAACACCGAAAAAGUUGGAAAUCAAACGGUCAUAAGCGUUUGCUGUCCCUCGGUCAUGAACGAUCCAACGUGCGGAGCUCAGGGAGAUGAUCGGAUUUCCAAGGGUGAGAUAGCAUUGCCAUUCGACUACCCAUGGAUGGCAUUGCUGAACGAUGCGGCUUUGGGAUUCGUGUGCGGCGGGACACUCAUCAGCAACAGAUAUGUUUUAACGGCAGCCCACUGCGUCAGGCGAAGAAAUAUCACGUUUGUUCGUUUAGGUGAAAACGAUAUCGAACAAAUCGAGGACUGCAUAACCUUGGAUGACGAAAUAAUAUGCACCCCAGAUCCACAGGAUAUUUCUGUAGAGGAUAGGCUAAUACACCCAGAGUACAGCGAAAGAAACAAAGCGAAUGACAUAGCUCUGUUGAGAAUGGCAAGCCCUGCUGUUAUAGGUGAUAGUGUGAAAACGAUUUGUCUACCCGAUGGCAACCCGGAGCAGCGGAAGCUUAAACCGUGGAGCUUCAUUGUGUCCGGGUGGGGCAUGACUGAAUUCGGUUCCCCUUCGAAUGUGUUACGAUUUGCCAAGCUUCCGGCGGUUUCACUGGAGGCAUGUUCCAUCAGAGUGCGCAAUCUGCAUUCUUCCGUGAGGUUGGGCGACGGACACAUCUGUGCCGGUGGCGUUAAUGCAACAGACAAUUGCCGUGGGGACUCCGGUGGCCCUCUGCACUACAUAUCCAACGACACGUCUCGGUUCGUCCAGCAGGGCAUUGUGGCGUUCGGGAUCAGGAAAUGCGGAGAGGAAAGCGAGCCGGGAGUUUAUACCAACGUGGGACAGUUCCUCAGUUGGCUGAUUCAGCAUGUGAAUGAGUAGGGCGCAUGAGAGUAGCCAAAUCAGUCGUGGAUAAACCUAAUGACAGGAAUCAUUCUCAACUAGUAUAAACCCUGAAAUGCAUUUGUAGUUAGCCGAAUACGAAAUAAAGCAUAAUAAAAUGUA